AUGGCGAGGAUGAGAAAAGUACCAAAAAAAAGUUUGGUGUCUCGCUCUUCUCAGAAUCAAAAUCAACUAAGCCGAGAUGAAAAUGCCAACCAAGCAGAAAUACCAUCGUCUCACUCUUCUCAGAGACAAGAAUUUGAUAUAAAUGAUCUAAAGGCUGACCCGGCCGAAAGAACUCCAAUUUUGGAUUAUCAUCCAAACAUUCGUGAUGAGGUAAGGAGGGCAUACAUUCAAAAAGGUCCUUGCCAACCUAAGGAUCAUAAGUUUCCUAAAACUGAUAUUUCUGGAAUACCACGUCGUUUUGUUUCUAAAUGGUUUGAUGAAUUUCCUGAUUGGUUGGAAUAUAGUACAAGUGCAGAUGCAGCUUAUUGUUUGCCUUGUUAUUUGUUUCAAGGUGAAAGCAUUCUUCAAGGUGGUGGUAGUGUAUUUUCGACUAAAGGGUUUAAAAAUUGGUAUAGAAAGGAUAGCUUGCUAUCGCACGUUGGUCCACCAAAUAGUGUUCAUAAUCAAUCAAAAAGAAUGUGUGAAGAUCUAAUGCGAGAAGAGCAAUCCAUUCAGGCUGCAUUUUACAAGUUGGAUGAUAAAGGUAAGCAUGAAUAUUGGGUUCGCUUAAAUGCUUCAAUCGAUGUGUUACGACUUCUCUUGAAUCAAGGUUUGGCACUUCGCGGUCAUGAUGAGAGUGAAUCGUCAUUGAACAAAAUUAAUUUUCUUGAAGUUCUUUCAUGGUACGCGGAUAAAUGUGAUCAAAUUCAACCUUAUGUGUUAGGAAAAGCUCUAAAAAAUAAUAAAAUGACUUCUCAUGAUAUCCAAAACGAUAUUGUGAGUGCUUGUAAGAUUGAAACAAUUAAGGCUAUAAUAGAGGACUUAAAUGGUGACUACUUUGCUCUAUUGGUUGAUGAAUCUAGAGAUGUGUCACGCAAAGAGCAAAUGGCUAUUUGUUUACGAUAUGUUGAUAAAAGGGGAUUUGUGAUGGAGGCAUUUAUUGGACUUGUUCAUGGGCAAUGUUAUGAUGGGGAAAGCAAUAUGCAAGGAGCUUCUUUUAAACGUGUGGAUGGCUUUCGAGAAUCUCAAAAACAAAAACUUCGGGAAGCAUUAGAUAUGGGUGAGCUAGAAACGGGUAGAGGCCUAAAUCAAGAACUUGGCCUUAUUAAAGCCGGUGAUACUCGUUGGGGAUCUCACUACAAGUCGUUUGGAAACUUUAUUAGUAACUUUGCCUCUAUUAUUGAUGUACUUGAUGCUCUUGUUGAAUCACAUAUGAUCUUAAUGUGUCAUUACAAAAAAAAAGAACAAGAUAUUGCAAAUGCCAUGAUUCUUGUUAAGGUUUGCAAGAGAAGGUUGCAAGCUUUAAGAGAUAAUGAAUGGGAUCCUCUCUUAGAAAAGCAUUCUGGAUGGGAUUCACUUAAAGAAAAGGUAGAAACUUUUUGUAUCAAGCAUAAAAUUUCAUUGCCUAGUUAUGAUGAUCCAUAUGCUAACUCUGGAAGAUCACGACGUAAAGUAGUUGAUUAUACUACUUUGCAUCAUUACCGUGUGGAUUUGUUUUAUAAAAUUAUUAAUUGGCAGCUACAAGAACUCAAUGAGCGUUUCAAUGAGGUGACUAGUGAUUUGCUUAAUGGAGUAGCUUGCUUGAAUCCAAUUGAUUCAUUUUCUAGUUUUGACAUAAAAAAAAUAGUGAGAAUGGCUGAAUUAUAUCCUGAUGACUUUGAUGGAUUUAGCAUGAGGGCCCUUGAGAAUCAACUUGCUAAUUACAUUAUUGAUGUCCGUGAUAUAGACAAAAGGUUCUCCAAUUUAGGUGGACUUGGGGAACUUUCAAGAAAGUUAGUUGAGACAAAGAAGCAUUUAAACUAUUCUCUUGUAUUCCUUUUGGUGAAGUUUGCUUUGCUUCUACCAGUUGCCACUGCAACAGUUGAAAGAGCUUUUUCGGCGAUGAAGUUUAUCAAGAAUGACUUGCGGAAUCGAAUGGACGAUGAAUUCUUAGAUGGUUGCAUAGUACCUUAUGUGAAAAAAAAAAGUAUUUAA